UCGACUGGAGCCAUGUGAAAUUCGCUUGAUCAGUUGAUUUUUACAGAGACAUGUAUUGUUAUGUAUGUCUCUGAUUAUUAGAAGCUUCAGUUGGCGAGGAAGAUAAUUAACACUCGCAAAAUGAAUUUGAGAUUCUCCAACUGGUCAUCAUGCCUAAAAAGUUUAUGUAAACCUAACGGAUUGCACAUAACGUUAGGGAUCAGACGUCAGGCAUUAUGUUCUACAACCACAGACCAUAUUGAGAGUUCUGGAUGGGAUGAAUCAGACUUGGUGCACAGAGGUACUGAUGGAAAUCUUCUGAAGCCAAAAUUACCUAUUAUAACAUCAAGAAAGAUAGAAUUCCCAAACAAAUAUGUGUCUCCUAAGCAGGCCUGGGUGGAGACACUGUCCACCAUUGAGAGUCAGAAGUAUGGCAUGGUGGACCUGCACCCAGAUAUAUUUGGUACAUACCCUAGGUUAGAUGUCCUCCAACGUAAUGUAAAAUGGCAGAGAUUGUAUAGACACAUUGAUUAUGCACAAACUAAGACACGAGCAGAAGUGAGAGGUGGCGGCCAUAAGCCUUGGAUUCAGAAAGGUCGUGGCAAGGCCAGGCAUAGUUCUAUACGCUCCCCACUGUGGAAAGGUGGAGGAGUAAUAAAUGGUCCCCGUGGUCCAAAAAGUCACUUCUUUAUGCUGCCAACUGAGUACAGAGCCAUGGGGCUGCGAGUGGCUCUCUCUGUUAAGUAUGCUCAGGAUGACCUGCACAUUGUUGACUCCCUGGAUAUACCUGAUGAUCGUCCCGAGUACCUUCAAGAUUUGAUGGACACAAGAUUUUGGGGAUUUUCCUGUCUCUUUGUGGAUGACAAUGAUAUUAUGCCUGAAAACAUCUCCCUUGCUGUAGAUAAGACACCACAGUUCAACCUAAUGCCAGUGUAUGGCCUGAAUGUGUACAGUAUGCUGAAACACGAGACCCUUGUUUUAACUUUGGCAGCUGUUGAAAAAAUUGAAAAGAAACUUUUAUAUCAAAUGCACAAGACUGCACGAUCAAAGAAAUACAGUUACGCCACUCGGUAUCAAGAGUGGUGACCAUUUGUGGACCUGCUGUGUGAUUGUGGAUUGUAGUGAAUGGAUCGAGCAUUAAAAAAACAUUUACAUCGAUGGCGA